CCUCAACUCAAUUGAGACGUAUUGUUCAAAUAUAGACUUAUCGUCUACUUUAAGGGUGGCUUGAAAGCCAAGACUUGAUGUGGGUAUCCGAAAGAAAUCCACGUUUGCUAUUGUAACCCCCAAGAUACAUAGGUAACUUACCAUAGUAGUUAAUGCAUUUAUAAUGUUCAAGUUUCUUUCAAUGCCGCCUUGAUUCAUACUACGCAGAAAUCUCAGGGGUAAGGUCAAGUGCAUACCUACUAUCGCCUCAACAUUUAUCGUAGCUUGGUAUCUACGACAGCUACACAAGGGGGAAAGCAUGGACUUCCAAAAACUAUUACUCGCUCUCUUUACCGCUAUCGCCACAGUCCGAGCGGCACCGUUUGUGCAACCAGUGCUAUUCCAUGCCACAUCUGUUGUCGAGGUCUUGAGUAAUGGGGCCUGGGCUGACCACACGAUAUGCCCAGCCGACUACUUCAGCUACAUGACAGAAAAGGGCUUUUUCAGUUUCGGCUGGUGGGGAUUAAGAAGCAACAACGGUAAUGCGUCGUACUUUACGCCAGAUGCCGAUCCAUUCCACUGGCUUGAGCUUGGCGAGAGGGAGUCGUGUGACAGUGUUACCGGAUCUUGUCUGUACAGCACGCAAAACGUACCUAUUCGCUUUGAGAAUUAUGCACAGCCGCCACCUUGCGCACCAAUGCCACUUAAGUACAUUGAACGGUCGCUUAGUCUAGGAGACGAUGAUGAGGAUCGGGUAGAACUGACUUACACUGAUGAUGACGGAGUCCAAGCUCAAGGGUUAAGCACGAGACGAAAACUUAGCGGUGAUCCUAGUGUAGCGGGGAUAUGCCACAAGGCGCUACGCAUAUUGAAGCAGCUUUACGAGCAACACGAUAUCGAUUUGGGGUUUGAGAUUGGGAAUCCAUGUGCGCAAGAGACAAGUAUAGGCCGACAGGAGGUAUCGGAGUUAUAGUUAGGUACCUUAGGUACGAAUAUAAACGUUAGUUAAUAGUUCAUAGAAGAGAAGUUGAGAAUGCAACUCGUAACGAUGAAACUCCUUUUAAAAUAUAAAUCCUACUAAUACC